CAUCGAGUUGGACAUGAGAGUGAUGAGAGGGCGUUCACAUCCGACGCUGGUCUCGAAUUUUCUGCGCUGCACGUGAGUGCUGGGCGCUCAUUGAGGUGUGCAAAGAUGUCGUACCUUGGAAGGGAGCAGCUGCGUCAGCUGGAAGCCUUUGUGGAUUUCUGCAAAAUGAAGCCCGAGAUCUUGCACAAGCCAGAGCUGAGCUUCUUCAAGCAGUACCUGGAAAGCCUCGGGGCUAAGAUUUCACCUGCUCCUCGUUCACCGAGUCCACCACCAAAGACCAAGCAGACGGAAGAAGUCAACAUGGAGGAGCCAACCCCCGAGCCAGAACCAGAACCUGUUACUCCAGAAAGCGAAGAGAGUGAAGUUGAGUUGGACAACAGUGGAGUUGUGGAGCCUGACCAUGAUGAUCCAUUGCCUAUGGGGGACAGCAGUGUUGAGGUUACAGAAGAGCAAAUGGAACAGAGUUCUGAAAAGAGGGGACAGGCUAUGGAAGCUCAAAGUGAAGGCAAACUUGAAGAGUCAUUGAAGCUGUGGACCGAAGCCAUUGAACUGAAUCCAUCAAGUGCUAUUCUGUUUGCCAAACGAGCAAAUGUGUUAUUGAAAAUGGAGAAGCCAAAUGCAGCCAUUCGAGAUGCCAACAAAGCCUUGGAGUUAAAUCCUGACCAAGCUCUGGGCUACAAGAUUCGGGGCAGAGCACACAGGCUGCUGGGUCACUGGGAAGAAGCUGCAAAAGAUUUGGCCACAGCCUGCAGGCUGGAUUACACUGAUGAAGCCAACGAGUGGCUGAAGGAAGUCGCACCAAACGCCAAGAAGCUGCAGGAGCACCGACGCAAGUGGGAGCGCAAACGCGAGGAACGCGAGCUGAAGGAGCGCGCCGACAGGGUGCGCAGGGCGCGCGAGGAGCAGCAGCGCAGGUACGAGCAGCAGCAGAAGGAAGCACAGGAUGAUGACGAUCUCGGUGGCAUUCCUGGUUUCCCCGGAGGCAUGCCCGGCGGCUUAGGAGACUGUUUCCAGGACCCCGAGAUCUUGGCCGCAUUUCAGGAUCCGGAAGUGGCUGCGGCAUUCCAAGACAUCAGUCAAAACCCGAUGAACAUCGGCAAGUAUCAGUCUAACCCCAAGAUCAAGAACAUCAUGACCAAGAUGGCUGCAAAGAUGGGAGCCCAAGCGCCACCGAUGUGAAGUGGCGUGCAGUGCUCGCUUUUUGCCCUUUCUCUUACUUUUUGUUUGUUUGUUUUCAUUGUUACUUGUAAUCUCUACUGCCCUACUUCUCAUCGUAGACCACGCUUGAAGCGCGCUAUCCUUGAUCUUGUUUUUUUUUUAUUAUUUUCAGGCAGUUUAUCACCACUGUGAGUGCGUGUGUGUUGAAAUAAAGCAGUUUGAGUCUGGUAA